AUGAUUGAAGCUAAUCAAGAGAUUCCAGAGUUCCUUUCGACGAUUUCGAAAGAUGCUAGUCGCUAUGGACAAGCAAAUUCGCGUGGACGUGGAAGCCGAGGUAGAUCACGCAAUAUGCCUCAUUGCGAUUAUCGGAUUCAAAAUUCACCAGCUGAGUCUUCAAGGAACGGCUUCCGCCCAAAACCCACCCAGAACAAAGAUUGGUGGGAU